GGACACUGGUGGCUUGGGCGAAGGCGAGGGCGACGGCGGGUGUUGAGCGGGGAGCAGCUGCGGCCAGGUGUUCAAGAUGAAUCUAGAAAAGCUCAGCAAACCUGAACUACUGACACUAUUCAGCAUUCUUGAAGGGGAACUAGAAGCCCGAGAUCUUGUCAUAGAAGCCUUAAAGGCCCAGCACAGAGAUGCUUUCAUUGAAGAACGUUAUGGAAAAUACAAUAUAAGUGACCCACUGAUGGCACUUCAGAGGGAUUUUGAGGCAAUGAAGGAGGAGAAUCAUGGUGAUAAGCAACCCGUUUGUGCCAAUCCUUUGUCUGUCCUAAAGGUAGUGAUGAAACAUUGCAAGAAUAUGCAGGAGAAAAUGUUGUCCCAAUUAGCUGCGGCAGAAAGCAGGCACAGAAAGGUAAUAUUGGAUCUCGAAGAAGAGAGACAGCGGCACGCCCAAGACACUGCUGAAGGGGAUGAUGUCACCUACAUGCUGGAAAAAGAGCGAGAGCGGCUCACGCAGCAGCUGGAGUUUGAGAAGUCCCAGGUGAAGAAGUUUGAGAGAGAACAAAAGAAGCUGUCUAGUCAGCUGGAGGAGGAACGUGCACACCACAAGCAGCUUUCUUCCAUGCUUGUGCUGGAGUGCAAGAAAGCCACAGCCAAAGCUGCAGAGGAAGGGAAGCAGGUUGAGGAACUGAGCUUGAAGCUGGAGAAAGAAAGAAGUAAAGUGAGCCAAAUGGAGGAGGAGCUGGCAGCUAAGAAGAAGAGGGGUUUGCAAAUGGAGGCACAAGUAGAGAAGCAGCUAUCUGAGUUUGACAUUGAAAGAGAACAGUUGAGAGCCAAGCUGAACCGGGAAGAGAACCGCACCAAGGCUCUGAAGGAAGAGGUAGAGAAUCUGAAGAAAAUCCUAGAGGAGCUAGAGGCAACUCACAAAGAAAGUAGCAUCCAAGCUGAGAGCAUACCACCCCAUAUCUCAGUCGCGUCUGUAGCAACUGGCACAGAAUGUUCUUCAGUUCGGUCAGUAGCGUGCCAGACAGAAAGUUGGUUGGCAGAGAAUGCAAGUACAGGCAAAUUGGUGCACUUGCUAACAUCCCCCUCUGCCACAGCUGCCUACCCUUAUGCCAAGGUAAACGGGCAUUGUGAUGCUAUGCAGAUAAGUGGAGAACCAGCUGAGCUCAGCAUGGAGAGCCUGCAAAGGGCAAAGCCUGCAGGAUCAGCUGUUGAGAAUGCUGUAGAAAACAGUAGCUCCCCUAUAAGAACAGAAUCGCUUGCCUCUGGUGUUCCAUCACUCCCUUCCAGUGGGAUAUCCUUAUCCCCCAGCAACACGGGUUCCUCAUCUUUGACUUCCUCCCCUUGCUCCUCCCCAGUUAUGACCAAACGUCUGAUUGGAGCUUCAGCCAGCAGUCCUGGCUAUCAAUCUUCCUACCAAGUCGGAAUCAAUCAGCGCUUCCAUGCUGCUCGUCACAAAUUUCAGUCCCAGGCAGAUCAGGAUCACCAGUCAAGUGGUCUCCAGAGCCCUCCAUCCAGGGAUUUGUCACCCACCCUUGUCGAUAAUUCUGCCGCUAAGCAGCUUGCCCGCAAUACAGUCACUCAGGUCCUCUCCAGGUUCACCAGUCAGCAAGGCCCUAUCAAACCAGUCUCUCCUAACAGCUCACCUUUUGGCACAGACUACCGAAACCUGGCCAGUGCCAUGAGCCCCAAGAGUGAGUCAAGCCCAGGCAAGGUCUCGAGCCCAUUAAGUCCUUUAUCCCCAGGAAUUAAAUCGCCGACCAUACCCAGAGCAGAAAGAGGUAAUCCACCACCAAUACCUCCAAAGAAACCUGGACUGGCUCCUUCUCCAGCCACUGCCACCCCACCAACUAAAACUCCUUCUCAGGCAUCCUCACUGGGCUCACCUGUGGACUUGGCAAGCAGUUGUUCAAGCAAUGCUGUCGUAGCCAAUGGGAAAGAGAUUGAGAUCUUGUUGCCAACCAGCAGCUAGUCUCUGGAAAUUUCACAUUCCGAGUGAUUUGCCAUUCCUAACACUGUCUUAUCCACUCCAUGUUAUUUAUUUGGGUAACAGCAAAUUUGUAUAACGCGGUUAGUUUACUUUUUUUUUUUAUAGUACGUAGAGAAUAAUGCUUUUGAUGUAGAAAUCUUAAACACUAAAGCCUCAAGAGGUGUCUCGUGGCAGCAGGCACAUCAGAUGAGAGAGCAGGCGAUUCCUGUGCUGGGAGAUGACCAGCAAACCCUGAAGAUGCUCAUUUUUUUAAAUCAUGCAGAGUACACUCCAUGCAAACCCCCAUUCCAGACAGACCUUUUCAAAAGAAGUGCCUGAGCUUAAGCCCACAGAUAUGAAUGUGAUUCUCUGUAAAUCCAGAAGGAAUCAUCUAACCACAGAAAGCACAGUUUCUCUAUGAAUCAUGAAUGUUGAAAACAACACUGUUUUUUGUUUCCUAGUAGUUUUCUUAUUUCUGUGCUAUAAAAAGGAAUUAUUCCAAAGGUGUGACCAAUAGACUGGUCAGUUGUUUCCCUAAUAUUAACGUAAGUCCGUUUUAUGUAGUGCUUCAUUGUCAGGUGCACUUUGGCCCUGUUGCUGAGCUUUAUGCAGCCUGAUCCUUUCCUAUGAUAUAAUGUGUUUUUUAAAGAAAACUUUAGAAGCUUUAAACAAUCAGGGUGCCAGUCCUUUCCCACCAACUAUCCAUUCCUUACAUAUUUCUCUCUCCAUAGAGAUUGAAUAGACCAGAUGAAAUCUUGAAGUGUUGUGUCUAGUUUAAAAUUCUUCAUGCAUUCUACUGUUGUAUGUAGAACUUCUGAAAGAAGGAUCUUUUUCUUUGCUUGAUAAAGAUCAUAUUAUUACUUGAAAUGAGAAGUGGCUAAUCAGUUCUAUAGAGGGUUGGGGUUUUUUUGCAUUGAUAAGAUAGGAUCUGUACUAGAUGAUCCAAAGCAAUAACUUUAAAAGUUGUUCCAUAUUAUGAUACUUUGUCAAGCUGACAUAGGUUUUGCUGACCAAGUUGGGUUUGCAUCUUGAAGACUGUAGCCCUCUUGGCUGCAACUGCAGAAACCAAAUCAUUAACUUUACAUAUAAAGAGAUUCAUGUAUAUUGGGGGGGGGGCAUGUAUGUUAUGCACACAACACGUUUAUUUAAAUUUUACUGUUAUUAUAUUCAGAUUUUUAAUAAGUCACAAAAAUGAGGAAGUACAUGUCUGUGAUAAAGUUGCUACUUAAAUCUUUAUUUGCCCUCAUUUUAGAAAUUUUUCCUAUGAUAGGUGGUCAAUAACUUUGGGCCAAUACAGGGCUGAAGGAAGUUUGUUUCCAGUAAAACUUCCUGGUUUUUUUGUGUGUGAGUGUGUGAGACUUUUUUUAUAGCUUAGGCUAGAAGUAUAUUCUCCAACCCUCUCUGCAGCUCCUCCCCUUCCUCCCAGUAAUGUAUCCUGCUCAUCUGAGUCCUUGCACUAGAUAACUUUGCUCUAAGACGUUACAGUAGUGUGUGGUCAAGGACAAAAAUAAAUAUCAGUAACCAGGCCAUGAGUAAAGGCAUUUGAAUACCUUCCCGAAACAGUCUGCAUAAUUAGCAGAUGUUAACCAGGGUGUUUCCCAUAUAAUGUCAAUAUAUAGAGUUCUUGCUACAAAAAAGCAGAGGAUGAUCUUCCAUAGGCAUGGAUAGUUGCUAUUUUCAUUUUGAGAUGCUAGAUAAAAGAUAUUGAACCUUUGUGAUAAAUUAAAAUAUAGUAGGAUAGCUUCAAGACUCCACUGUAUAAGGACUAGCCAGUGGUCUCUUCAUUCUAGAUCUGUAUAUGGAAUUGCACACUACCAUAGGAGCUCCAAUAGUUGUGACUAUAUUCUUUCCUAAAUUUUGCUUUGUUCACUGGAAUAGCUCUCAUGCAAAGAAAUCAUCAUUCUAUGGACCCAUAGGAAACAGCUCGGAUAAGCACACACACAAUCCAGUUGUCCAGCAUAGGAUUUUUCAGUAGGGAUUAGAGCUGAAAUCUGGGGGAAUGAUUUCAGUAUCACUGGGUCAGUAUUGUUUCUAACCUUAAACAGAUGUUAUCAUAGCUCUUAAAGUAUUUCCUUUUGUUUACAGUAAAUUGUGCCCUUUCUUUAUGCUAUAUCUAGAGAUUUUAUAUACAAUAAUGAGUUUUAUUAGGAAAUGCACUGAGUACUGUAUUCCACAAUGGAUGUGAGGAGGCACAAUGCAAGAGGAGAUGUGUAUUUUUGCUAGUAAUCUAUAAAGUAAGCACAACUAUUAAAGUGGUUCCAGCUAAUUCAGUAAGACUUCUAGGGUUUUAGUAUUUAAAUUUUCUGUAGACUUGCGUGUAUGGAAACAAAAUGUUUAUCUUCUCUGAAUCAUGUGUUGCUAGAGAGGUUUGUCACUGGCUAACAGGAUUUUAAUGAAGUUCAGACUGUAUAAUCUAGUAUUAAUUAUUCAUUAACAUUUGUAUAUUUGUAAAGUGAAAUGUAUGAAGCAGAAGUCUUUUUACCAUUUUUUAUAGCUG